CGAAAAGACAGCAAUCUUCAGGAAAGAGAAGUGCUAGUGAAGCGAGAGCGGUGGGGUCGAUUGUUCCUCCCUUUUGCCGCUGAAUUCUCCUCAUCCGUCAGUGUCUCCGCCUCCGCGUGUGUGUGUGUCGGUCGUUUGCACUCCGACCCACCGUCCGCUCAUUCAGUCAGUCGACCGUCUGUUCGUCUCGUUAGACGCCGCUGUCCGUCCAACGUCGUUGUCUUACGCUUCUCGGCACGAAGUUUGGUGAUCGCAUUCCCUUUGCGUCGUCGUAACUCUCGGGCCCUGAACACCCCGCAACACACAUAUCAACACAUUGCUCAAGAAGAUGAACGUCAACAUGGAGCGAGCCAGCUUCACGAGCUUGCUGGACCAAGCGCAGUUCGGUGGAGCGCUGCAGCAGCCACUGAUGCACCCAGGUCACCAAGCUGCACCAGCGUUCGCACUUCAAGGCAUGGUAUCCCAGCCGAUGUCCACGGGAUCUUCACAGUUCAUGAAGCAGCAGCCGGUACCGCAAGCUCCAGCUCCAGCUCCAGUGAAGCUCCCAGCAGACCAAUCGGUCCCUAACGUACUUCACAACAUGAUGAGCCGGAGCAACAGCUCCAAGUUGACGCCCUCAAGUACUGAGGCUUCCUUAUUGUCUCUAGUGGAUGGAGAGCUUCGUGUGUCCUCGAUCUCAAACCUCCCGAUCUUUCUCAAGGUCCUAACACGCUGUAAGACUGAGCCCGAGCAAACGCUCGCACUUGUGGUGCUGCGUGCUACUUCCACUGCAACUGACGCCAAGCUGUCGCACGCCUGUGCUAAUGCCUUUGAGAAGAGUGGAGGCCUGAGACUUGCACGUACCUGGGUCGAAUCGGCUGUGACCUGGCAGCAUAAUGAUCUACUGGUUCUACUCUUAGAAGUGUUGCAGACUCUACCGUUGCAAUUAACUAGUAUUACGGAAGCACGUAUCAAUGAGCCCAUUGUCAAGUUGCGAAAGAAUGCUCGCGAAGAGCGGGUCAAGCGUGCUGCUCAGGAUCUUCUCAAGUUUUGGCGUAGCAAGUUUACAGAGAAAGACAAGGCUUCGUCGCCUCCUUCGGCGCCGAAAGAGAAGGCUCCGGACUCUUCCAAGGCGUCCUCAUUAGCUGCCACUAAGUCAACGCCUUCGACUACUGCCACCACGGCAAAGUCUGUGCCGCUGAAGCAGCCAAAGGUCUUGAAGAAACGCACGAUCAAGCGGUUAGAACGACUACCGUUUGGUGGCGGCAGUGCCGUUUCUAAAUCCAGUGACUUGAUCGGAAACCUCAUGCAACGAAAGUCAGCGAAGGACGCUGCAGCUCAAGCUAAGAAGAAGACUACGACAGGUAGCGUGGAUGAUUCGCCGUCCAUGUCCCUCCCUACGAUUCAAAGCUUCAAGGCUGCUUCAACGUCAACGUCGUCGUCUAAAGAACGCAAGCGCAUUCGCUGGGCCGAUGAAAGCGGUGAGGAACUUGUUAAGGUGAAGCUUAUCGAGUCGUGGCGGGAUCUUGUGCCCUAUGAUCCUCGUCAUGAAGAUCAGUCCUUUAAGGAUGCUAAACUCCGAGAACAUGCCAAUGAGCGUCAUGCCUUGCUUGCCCACCAUCACAAGGUGCCGCCUGCUGUGGCUGCUUCUCGCUCGCGUGAGUGGACCACGCCUGCGUUUAUGCGUCUACCAGAAGCGGUAGCAGAGCGAGCUAACAGCAGCUCUGUCACGGACGAGAUGCACGUCCAGGACAGUCGUCGACGUCAUGUGGAUGAGUAUGAGGUGUUAGCUGGCGAGAUGCCAAUUCAGAGUCCUAAGGAGUGGGAACGGGUGAAUGAGCCACACCGUGGACCGCCACUGGAGAUUCCGUUGAGUGAUGUGGUCGAAAGUGAGCCUAGCAACCAGCCUCUUCCGACUUCUAUGGCACCGCCAACCUCUGAAGGAUAUCAUCAAGGAACGUACGCCCAGGCACCUGGCUAUGGUCAGCGUGGUUACAACGAUCGUAGUGAGUACAAUGCCCGACAAGACUCCGAGGCAGAUCGUAAGCUGCGUGAAGCUUUGGGUCCGCUGCAGGAGAACACCGUCGUGCUGCUAAUGGACAACCCAGACGUUGUCCCGCAGGUGCUUGAGGAAGCACAACGUCACGGCAAUCACAUUCCAGACGCGCGUGUGUUUGAAAUUGUGGAUCAGUAUCGUCGCGGACGCUUCCAAGCGCCGCCUAAUGUUGGAGGUCCGCCAGCGUUUAGUCCUUAUGGUAGUCAGCAGUAUGGUGAGAUGGGUCCUUGUGCGAACUAUGACCGCCAGUACCAACAGCAGUAUCCGCCUCAUCAAGGCCCGCCAGGAACGUCCUUUAUGCCUGGAAAGAGGACAGCCGAUGCAAUGGGCGCGGUCCAGAACGGCAUGAUGCCUGACGCCAAGCGGCCGUCAAAGAAGAACCGAGGCACGCUGCCUUGCAGGUUUUUUGCCUCGCCAAUGGGUUGCAAGCACGGUGGCAACUGCCACUACGCGCAUGUUCAGCCGGUGCCUGCUAACGGCCCCGAGCUUAGUGGUAUUUAUAACAACAAUGUCCCUAUGAUGGGAGGCCGAGGCGGCGCUGGCCCCAUGAUGGGCGGGCGUGGUCCUGGCCUUAUGGAGCGAUAUGGCCCCGGCCCCGGCCACCACAUGCGUGGAGGUCGGUGA